CCGUUCACUGACAUUGUCAAUGCUCACUUACAAUUGAAAAAUCCUACUGAAAGGCCGGUAUGUUUCAAAGUGAAAACAACUGCUCCGAAACAAUAUUGUGUGCGCCCCAAUUCGGGAGUCCUGCCACCGAGUAGUUCGAAGACCAUAACUGUGAUGCUACAACCAAUGGAUGGCGUUCCAACUGAUGUAGCUCGUCAUAAGUUCAUGGUUCAGACAUGUUUCUGCCCUCCCGGUGAUGUUGAUCUCGAUAAUAUCUGGAAGACUAUCUCUCCGAAUGAGCUUAUGUACAGCAAAUUGAUGGUAGUAUUCCAACAACGUUCGAGUGAACAUGGAGGAGCCGUAAGAGAGGAGGUGCCGUCUGCCGUCGCUUUCAAUACGUAUGUUUCUCACCAGUGUAGCUCGCAAUCUAUCAGUUAUUUUCUUGUUUAUAGUCCACAAAACGCUGGUAAUAAUCGAGCAUCUGCUUCUCCCAGUGGAAAUCGCGUUUCGGAGCUCGAGGAGAAAUUGAAGAGCGAAACAGAUUUGCGGCUAAAGUCAGAGAAAGAAAGGGCCAUACUUCAGCAUGAUCUUGACGAACUUUUUAGCAAACAUGCCAAACUGCAGCAAGCAAUGCAAUCCCCCGAAGGUGGCACUCCUACUAUCCAGGUAAAUUUGCUACUUCGUGCUAUCACAAGCUCUGGUUUUUCUAUCUCGUUCAAAACUCGAGCUAUGAUCGAAUGCCUUAGGCAGUGGCCAUACUUCGCUCAAAAGCGCCCAUAAAC